AGGAACAGUACAAGGACAACCAUAAGGACACUAGGGGCCCUGCAGGGCCAGAAGUCAGUUUCUUUGGUUAUCCCUAUAUGCUUAACUACAGGUCUUUGUGUGAGCACACCAAUUCUGUGUGUAUUUAUGGGAGGAUGUGUCUUAGUUUUAUGGUGGGAUGAGGGAAGGAAAGGAAACAAGUAUUUAUUAAGCACCUACUAUUUGCUGGGCACUAUGUUUAGAACUUUACAAACAGUAUCUCAUUUCAUUUUCACAACCACCCUGGGAGAUAGGUGCUAUUACUAUCUCCAUUUUACAGCUGAAGAAACUGAGGCAGAGAUGGGUGAAGUGACCUGCCUGGAUCUGAACUCAAGAGGUAUCCUGUUGCUAUCUCUGUUCUCCAUGCUGUCAUUGCUACAAUUCAUUCCCCUUUUCUAGAAAGAAAACUAGCAGCUGCUGGUCUUUAUUCUAGAUUUUGUUAUCACCAGUGUUGACAGAGUUCUAGGGAAAAUGAGUGAAUCUGAAUAGAAACGGAGAGAGACAUCCAGCCUCUGUAAGAGGAAUGGUUAGACAGGAGAGCUAGUGACUUUCCCUAGGGAAUUACCAAAACUUUGGUGUCCCUCUGCAAUAGUACUAUUCCUCAGUCUGCUCAAGCAGUUUCCUAGGAUAGAUAGGUGGUAAUCAGAGAAAGAUGAAACACUGUGAACUGAAAGCCAAUAUAGAAUAAGUUUGACAGCCACCAAGGAUCUAGGAGCUGAAGGAAAGGGUGCAUCAGUGGGUAUUCUAUGUGAACCCGUUUUAGAUUAUUCAUUGGUACUUACGUGAGAGUUCCUCAUUUUCAAACGUAUGCUGCAGCCAACUAAUGCUCCCCUGUUUCUAUGGCAGGCAGUAGGAUAUGAGGAGGUAGCAACUAUCAUUACCUUCUAAUUUAUCUAUGGGUGAGGAUUUACCCAAGAGAGUACCCCACACAACUUGUCUUGACUUGUGGUAACCUUUAGGUGCCUCCAACCCCUCUGAGUUCAACAUGAUGGUCUUUCAACCUUAUGGCAGUAGUAGAGGAACUCCUCAGCCUCUGUGUAUGUAUGUGUUUGUGUGUGUGUUUAUUUAAAAUAAUUCCUUGUAGAAACAGUGGUAAAUGAAGUAGCUCUUACCAUUAAAAAACAGGUGAAGAAGUCUUGUGCCAAGGAAAACUGGUAGCUGCCUAACUAAAUAAAGCCACCCUUACAAUAAUGCCCACUGUCUCCACUGCUUACCCCUCACUUCCCAGAUAUAGGCCCCAUGGACUCAGAACUCUAAGGAAAGGGUUGGGGGAAUGGCGGAUAUGGGGGAGGGAAGCUGUGAGGGUAGAUGAUAAGGGUUCUGUCUGGAUUCCCCCCUCCUUUGGAAAACCCAGGGCUCCUAUCAGGCCACCAUUUCCUCCCCUCUCUCUUCCCCCACCUUCCUGUUCUUGCCCAAAGCCAGGCAUCUCGCCUCUCUAUAGGGUGAGCAGAUAGAGGCAUAUUGCUCCUGGCAGAAACUAUGAAUUGGAGGAGCUCAAGGGAAAUGGACCCCAUGCUACUCUUAGUCUUCCUCUUCCUCCUCCUCCUGUGUACCUCCCAUUCCCAAACUCCCUGUGAGACCCAUAAAGUGGCUAGCAAGCUGGAAACCAACUGUGAAUCCCUUGGUCUGAAGUCUGUGCCACUGAAGCUGCCACCAGACACUGCCAUCCUCCUCCUUCAGAAUAAUGGCCUGCAAUCCUUCUCUACUUCUUCUCUCAGUCUUCUAAGCCAACUCACUGAGCUCAACUUAGCUAAAAAUAAUAUGAGUGUCCUGAAGGCAGAUGAGAAACUUCCACUCCUCUCAAUCCUGGAUCUCUCUGAUAAUAACCUACAGACCCUUCCCCAACUAAGGUACUCUCUCCCCUCUCUCACAUCGCUUGACCUCUCCAGAAAUGCCCUAAAGUCUCUGUCUCUAGAAACCCUGGCUGGUCUGGAUUCCUUAGAGAACCUCUACCUUCGAGGCAACAAGCUGAGGAGUCUGCCCCCAAAGUUUCUGAAAGGAGCAUCCAAACUCCAGAAGUUGGAUCUGGCAAACAAUUACUUGGAACAACUGUCAGCAGACCUGCUGGCAGAUCUUGAUAAUUUAAACACCCUCUUCCUACAGAAUAACCUGCUCUCUGUCCUUCCCUCUGGCUUCUUUGGGAACAAUCUCCUGCCUUAUGUCUUCCUCCAUUCCAAUCCAUGGAACUGCAACUGUGAACUCCAAUACCUACGUCACUGGCUACAGGAAAAUCAGGGUAAUGUCUACCUCUGGAAGGAAGGCUUGGAUGUCAAGGUCAUGACUCCAGAUGUGAAGAGCGUACAGUGUGACGUUCCCUCUGGAACACCUGUCUACACCUUCUCUGCGAACUGCCCCAUCAGUGGGGAUUAUGAUUAUGACAGCUAUGAUGGGUAUGAUGGGCUAACUGUGAAAGGGGUCCCAGAACCUGAAACUACUACUAUUCCAACCACCAUCUCCCUGGAGCAUUCCACAGUCCUUAAAAGAUCAAAAAAGCCCAGGAUAGAACUCACCCUAUCCCCAAUAACUUCAGAAAAAAACACAUUCCCAAAUACCCGAAGGUCCAUCAUAUUCCUUAACAGCUCAGAAACAACUUUGUUCCCAACAAUGCCAGAAUUCACUAAAUUCCUGACCUCAGAAGCUACCACACUCCAGAUCACCCUAGAACCCACUGUAUUCUCAGAGAACCUGGAAACAGCCAGGUUCCCAGCCUCUCCAGAAGCUAUCACAUUCCCAGUAACCUUAGAAAAAACAACAUUCCCAAAUCCCCGAGGGUCCACCAUAUUCCUUAACAACCCAGAAACAGCUGUGUUCCCAACAAUGCCAGAACUCACUAGGUUCCUGAUCUCCUCAGAAACUACCACACUUCAGAUCAGCCCAGAAAAUACCACAUUCCCAACUACCCAAAGCUCAACAACCACAUUACUUAACAGCCCAGAAACUACCGUGUUUCCAACAAUGCCAGAACUCACUACGUUCUUUAUCUCCUCAGAAGCUACCACAAUCCAAGUUACUCCAGAACCCACUACAUUCACAGACAAUCUGGAAACAACCAGGUUCCCAACCUCCCUAGAAGCCGCCACAUUCCCAGUAACCUCAGAAAAAACCAUGCUCCAAACCACCCCAGAACUUGUCACGUUUCCAACCACAAAUUCCAUUGUACAUACUUCUUCCCUGCCUGUCACCUUCCCCAGUCCCUCUUCAACUUUAACACUCCCGAAUUCCAAUAUUCUCCCACCAAAUGAAGCUCUAGGAAGCUUAGGUGAUCCCAGCGAUUCCUCUCCCCUUUCCAUCUCCUGCUGCCUUCUCUCUCUGAGGUUCUACAUCUUUGGAAUAGCUUGGGUUCUGGUCUCUUCCAUUGUUCUCAUUCUCUUCUUAGCUCUAGCCCAGCCCCCACCUCAUCUGCCAAGGACCCAUGCCUUUAUGGAGGACAUUCCCAAACCACAGGCCACUGCCCACCUUGAACUCCUUAAGGGGAAGGAGGUGAUAGUCCCUAGAGCUUGCCUCCUUUAUCUUGAGGGAUUAAUACCCUCCUUCCGCACUAGACUCUUUCUGUGGGUACAGUCCAAUGGCCGAGUGGGACCUCUGACUCUGAAGAGGAAACCAUCUGCCAUAAGCCUGGGUCGAGGGGAAGACCUGCUUGGGUCAGUCAGCAUCAGGUAUUCAGGCCACAGCCUCUGAGAAGUGCUUCUAUAAACAAACCCUGUCAUGCUCAGGUUCCUAGACAGAAUCUAGCACCCUAAAUGACCUGGGAAAGAGUGUGGAUGUGGCAUACUCUUCUGAAAUCUAGGAUACGAAUCCAUAAUAAAAAUUUCUUCUAGUAAUCAGUUCUUAUUGUGUGUAUUGGGCAGGGGUGGGGGAGAAAGAUUUUAGGUCUUGGGGGUGGUAAGAUAUACUGGUGAGGCAGAAGGAUGUACAUUACCACAUUCCCUCUCCCCAUCACAGACUUUGAGUUUGAAGUGGGAUGGGACAUUCAAAAAGAGAUGUCCUGAAAGCAGCUGGAGAUGGGGCUGGUUUCAAGUGGGUAACAAAGCAAGCACCAACGAUGGUGGGAAAGAAGACUAAUCCGGAGAUAAGGGGGAAGCAUUGGAGGAAGUAGAUAUGAAUAAAAUGGAGACACAGCAUAAGGAGGAAAAAGACUGAAUUUCUAGGUUACACGUUUUAACAUUUUUUUUAAUUGCAGAAAAGUUUAGUUUUCUGAAGUUUGAACCACAGAACUCUCUUGAUGCUCUUUCCUCCACACCACAGUGUCUUGGUGGGAUAGGCUGGGGUAUCACCCCUACCAAGUAGAAUCCUUUGGGGGAGAAGAAAUAAGUAGGAGACUGUUCCCCUAGAAUGCUAGGGUCCUCCAGUACUAACUUCCUAUUCCCCUAAAAUCUCAGAACAUUUUAUAUCCUGGAAAGACUCUCUCCUCCCAUUACCUUCCCAAAUGAGUCCCAACAGACCUUUCUCCUUUCCCUGAGAUAUCCUCUUUCCUGACCAACUGUGCCUCUCCCAGCACCUAGCACAGACAGAACAAAUAUCUAGAAUUUCAGCCCAAAACUGUCUCCUGAGAUCCAGCCCCACAUCUCCAACUGCUUUCAAUACAUCUCUUCUUGGAUGCCCCAUCACUUCAAACUCAAAAAUUCAAAAUCCAGACAAAUCAUAAUCUCCCCAAACCUUCCACCCACCUCUACUUGACUUUACUUUUUAAUGCCAAAAGAAAUACCUUCCUCGAAGUCAUGCAGGCUCAAAACAUCAAACUC